AUGCCGACGAAGUAUGUGGCUAGGCAGGCUGGUGGACCCCUACGAGGUCACCACAGCGCCUCGCCCACGACGCUAAGGCCUUGGCCUCAGGUGCCAGGGUUAUUGGUUCUGGAUCGUCACCCUCCGAGUCAGAGGCCGAGGCAUGUGUGGAUCACCUGCUGGUACGUGGCUCCAGCGUUUUGGUGCCCAAACAAGCCCUAUGAGCCAGAGAAAAAGAUCGAGAUAACUCCGCUCCAGUCAUCCGACCACGUCGACUUGCCGCAGUGCACGCCGACUGGGAGAUGGGAGAACGCUCUCCAGCAUUGGGUGUUCCGCGGCACAUCCCAGCGGCUGGGGAAUGGGAGCGCACUCUCCUCCAGGGCAUCCCAAACAGUGUCUUGGUUAGCGAGGGCCGCUGCUUCUUAUCCGUGUUGCCGAUCUGACUGCUCCACAAGCCCCUACUUCAGCGAAGAUGCAGAGGCAGACGAGGUCGACGCGGGAGAAAAAGUCGUCAGGGGAGGCGGCGCUGCAGGGAGAGGAAGUCGAAGGACAUGGCUGGGCUGUGAGAGGUCACGCCAAGGGAGAUCAGGGGAAGAUGAGCUAACAGGCAGUACGUUUUAUCCAACCGCUCAGCAGACAAGUGAAGGGCGGAGCUGUGGCAGAAGAGGCGGCGCGACGGAGCAGAAGGGGCGGCGCGACGGAGCAGGAGAAGAUGGCCGAGAAGAUGUUCAGGUGCGGCGCGGCAGGCGGAGAAGAGUUUUGGUGAUGAGCUUGUGGCCGCGCUGGACCAGCUGCUGCAGCCCCCCUGCGCCAUCGCCGUGGGUCGCCUGCUUUCUGCUGCUCCGGUGCCGGCACCUGUCCCUGUGCGGUGUCGUGCUCAGGAAUUUCGCGAAGAAGGCGGUUGCCGUUCUUGCGCGCGAGAAGGGCGCCGGACCUCGUUGGCGCUGCGAAGGGGGCACAACUCAGUUUGGGUACGCCGUCGGCCAGCGCCGGCGGCGAGCAUGCUCCACUUUGACCUGUCCGCCACAGCCAGUCCUCUCCCGCCUCCCCCGACUCCGUGUCCUUGUCCAACGCAAAUCAAUGGAGCUGCCGACUCGGAUUGUUGUUGGCUUCUAUAAGAAGGGAGGGUCCUCGGCUCGAAUCUCCAUCAGGUCAAUUUUGGACGAAGCAUCCAAUGUCGACACCGAGUUCGCUGCAGGAAGAAGCGCCGAGUUCGCCGGAGGUAGAAGAAGCGUCGAGUUCGCCAAAGGUAGAAGAACAGUCGUCGAGCUAUCCAAUGUCGCCUGCGUCGGCUACAGCAGAGAUGAUACCAAGCAAUUGACUGAAUUUAUAUCGGAAGGCGACUAAUGUAACCAUCUCAAUCUUUUUGGAUUAAUGAGGGUGCAGAAAUUGAUGCAGUUCAAUUUAAAGUAGGCUGAUAUAUUGUAGUUUUAUCCACAGUUAUAAGAGUUUUGUUACCUUCGUGUUUUUGAUCGAAGAUUAAGAUGUCGGUGUUAUAUGCAUUUUCUAUUUAGCUAAAGAUGUUUUAGUAAAAUUUGUACGAAAUUCAUACUUGUCAUCAAGUUUGCCAAUAGAAUAAUGUCUAUGUCUUUA